AUGAAUUUUACUGCCAGCAUCGCUCUUUUUUUGUCGCUUGUAUCCGUGGCUUGGGCUACCACCAACAGAUUCCCCGAAUCCAACUGGGGUACUUCACGUUAUGGCACCUUUACCAGUGUAAGCGGAUUCUUUCUUCAGAGUGACUCUUCUACAAACGCUACUAGCUUUGACUUCAAUGAUAAUCUUGGCUUGAAACCCAAUUAUACUUGGAACUCGUUCAAAAAUGCGAUUGAGGAGCUUAACGCCAAUUCUAACGAGACAACCUCCUAUAAGGUUAUCUUCUUUGGUAGACACGGUGAAGGUUACCACAAUGUCGCCGAGUCUUAUUACGGGACUCCGGCAUGGAACUGUUAUUGGUCACUUUUAACGGGUAACGGAACUUCUACAUGGGGCCCCGAUGCUGGUUUGACACCAAAAGGUGUUUUCCAAGCUCAAAACAACUCUGAUCUCAUCAAGUCGUUAUUGCCAUAUGGAUUCCCAUUGCCUCAAAACUUUUACUCCUCCCCCAUGACAAGAGCAGCUGAUACUUUGACAUAUACGUGGAAUGACAUUGCCUUGAAGACUGGUUUUGUCUCCCCUAUUUUCAAGGAAUCUUUGAGAGAAACCAUUGGUUUGCAUAGAUGUGACGAGAGAAGGAGCAAGACUUACCUCAAGGAAAGGUACCCAGACUUUCAAUUCGAAAACGGAUUUGUUGAAGACGAUUUGCUAUGGACCAAGGAUACUCAAGAGCCUGAUGGAGCAAAGGUUCUGAGAUUGACUUCGUUCCUGAAUGAUUUGUGGGCUAGUGAUCCAUCCACCUAUGUUUCUGUAACUGCCCACUCAGGUGUUGGUUCUGCGUUGCUCAGUGCAGUUGGUCAUAGAUCAUUUUCUCUUUCUACUGGUGCAAUUAUUCCAAUUGUCGUCAGAAGAGAUUCUAUUCUUGGAUUUGUUCCUCCCUCAAAUGCCACCACGGUUUCGGUUGGUACGUCUGCAACUGCUCCAUCGUGUACUGUCUCCAUUGGGUCGUUGGCUUCUUCAAAGACCGCUUCUCUUUAUUCGCAAUUCUCGAAGGAUUACUACCAGACCGAAAGUUAUUCUGUUUUGACUGUGACCAGUAUUUCUACGACUACUGCAACUGUAACAGCUGCUAUUUCAACGAACUAG